GAGACUUGACACUGUUUCAAAGCGUCAGUCACUAACAGAUUGUAGCCCAGUGCAGUGGUUGAAUUAGUGGCCCAUACUAAAUGUGUUUUGUGUGACAAAGACAGCGACUCUACUGGUUUUGUGUCGCAGUGCAUUCAGUUUGUUCCCUUCUUAACUAAAUACAGUUCUAUACAGUAACAGAUUUUAAGACAGAAUGGAAUCCCAAGAAUCAGAUUAUCGUUCAGCCACCGUUGUGGAAAUUUGGGAUUUGUCACCGACAGUGAAGGGAUUGAAACUACACGCAGAAUGGCACAAGAGAAAAUCUUUUAAAGCCGGUCAAUGGGUGCACACCAAUAUUCCAAGUAUCAAUCGCUUAGGAGGCUAUACCCUUUGCAACAGCCCUUUGGAAUUCUCUAAAACAGGCAUCCUUCAGUUGGCUGUAAAAUACAGUGAUCAUGCUCCAACACUUUGGUUUCAUGAAAAGUGUAAAAUUGGUGACACGAUUCUCGUUGAGUUUGGUGGCACAGUUUUCUAUGAUCCUAAACCACAAGAUUCCCAGUAUGAUCUACUGUUAAUUGGGGCUGGAAUUGGAAUGAAUUCCCUUUAUAGCAUCCUCAACUUGGUGACGGAGAGAGAAGCCUCAGGAGUAGACAAAGAACUUCUUCCAGGAAAAGUACACUUCAUGUAUUCUUCUAAGACAAAAAAAGAACUUUUGUACAAGGACAAACUUGAUGAAAUGGAGAGAAACCAUCAAAACAUAAGCUGCCAAUAUUUCGUGACUCAAGAAAAACUCAAUGAACCGAAUAUUAAAGAUUGUCGAAUAAACAAAGAAGAUGUGGAAAAUGCUUUUCAAAUGGUGGACAAAAGCAAGUGCAAAGUGUUUCUGUGUUUACCAUUCGAAAUGUGCAAUGAAAUUGAAGAUACAUUACUGAAUCAGGAUAUUGUAAUUGACCAAAUAUUUUCUAUCAAUUGGUGGUAAUCUUGAUAAAUAAAACCACUUUUCCAGGUAUUACCAGAACAUACAACACCAAAAUUUUGUUGGUGGCACUCGAAGAGAAAUCAUAAAUUUUUUCUAGCUUUUAUAUUUUUAAUAUUUUUUUCUUCUCUUUUACAACUCUAAUUCGCCAUUUUAUAUGUUCUUCCACAAUACUCAUCUCUUUCUGGCACAGACAAAUGAUUCUGAAAUUCAAAAAACUCCAUGAGUCCUUGUGGUUUAAAAUAAAUGCCAGAUUUAUGGGUUUUUGCUACAUUUCCUUUACUUCACUUCAAUAUAUUUAACGUGUAUUUAAGUAUAUUAUAACAUUAAAACCAUGAUAUACCAUAAAUAUAUCACUAACAGAGAAACGGAAGCCGCCUAUCUGUUGGUCACGUGAUAUAUCGUC